AUCCAGUUUGCUUGUUAUACGCUAGUUAUUCGGGUGUGUUAUUUGGUGUCCGUGCGGCUGUGAACUAAUGUUAAACAAAAGAUUAAUUAACGUGUGUGUUUAAAAACAGUUUGACGAGGUGACAAAUGGAUAUGUGCUAGUUGGCUUCCGUGUACGUCCCGAAACGGACUUACGAUGGCUGUUCACCUUCACUUGCUGCUGGUAGCCAUCGUGCCCGUAUUAGCAGAAAUUGAAAUGGAGUUCACAAAAUAUCCUGAAUCGGUAGCAGCCCCGGUUGGUGAUGAAGUCACCUUCGAGUGCGCAGUAAGAGUUCCAGGAGAACGUCUACAGUGGAGGUGGAAGGCUGCUGAUGGAGACUGGAGGCAGUGGAAGGAGAUACCAGCACGGGAAAAUGACGGAGUGUCCACCAAGCUGGUUGUGGAUGUCAAUGAGAAUAUGGUUGAUGGCUUAUAUCAGUGUGUAAUAUGGUACGGCGCAAUUAGCCUGGUAUCGAUACCGGCAAAGCUGUCCAUUGCCAGACUGGAUUUAACCCAGAACACGCCAGAGAAACGUGUGAUCACUGCACCAUUGCAUAACACCGUGGUACUGCAUUGUAAAGAGCCGAAGUCUGAACCGCCGGCAGUGUUGAGCUGGUGGAAGGAGAAUGGCAAGGGCUCUCGCAAACAACUGGACACACCGCACGGUGUGCUGGUCAUCCACAACGCGACAGCUGCUGAUGAUGGAACCUAUGGAUGUGCCGCUACCAACGAGAUUAGCGGGCAAAGCAUCGACCUUCCCGAGAGGACAUACUUGAGGGUGCAGCAUGAGGGAAAUGGUGGAGUUAGAUUUCUAGAAACAGAAGAAUACGUUGGUAAAUACGAGAAAGAAGUUCUCAUAGCGCCAGUGGGUCCUGAUGAUGGACUGCGGCUCUGGUGUGGGGCCGUGGGCACUCCUCCGCCGAAGGUCACUUGGAGUAAGGAGGGAUCACCCAGCCUCCCUCGGAGACAUGACCACACUCUCACAGUGUCACCUUUUACUACAGAAAAUGAGGGCAUAUACUCGUGUUCGGCGAAUGGGAUUCGUCGCUCUUGGAAGGCGAUUGCCCUACAACCUCCGCAUUGGGAAGGCUCAGCUGGAAGUGUGAACGCCAGCGAAGGCGGAAGUGCGCACAUUGCUUGUGGGAGGCUGUAUGGCCAACCACCACCUGCAGUCCAUUGGAUUUUAAACGCUGAAGUCAUUGAAAGUGGGAAAGGCGUUCGGGCUACUGACUCGGAUCUCUACAUAGACCACGUUGAAAAGCGUCACGCGGGAAUCGUUCAAUGCUUUGCGUGCAACGAGUUAGGAUGCGCAUACGACGCUGCCAUGCUCACUGUUGUUCCUGUGCAGAUAUCAGAACAGGAUUACACAGCGGAUAUACCCAAAUCUAUGCACAUACCAUCCCAACCUCCGAAAAAACACAACAGAAAAAACUCAAGAAAGAAUAAAGCGGUUCUUAUAGCUCCUACUCGACCGAAUGUGACAAGACUCUCCGAUGACAAAGUAAUGGUUUCUUGGACACAUUCAAAACACGGCCUACCGAUACAGUUUUUCAAGGUUCAAUACAGGGAGGUGACGAAUUCGUCGAAUGUGAAUUGGAAGACUGCCACCGACGAGAUCAAGUCAUCUACAAACUCAUAUGAGAUAAGCGGACUUCUGCCAGAUAAGUACUACAAAUUCCGCAUAGCAGCUGUUUAUUCGAACCAGGACAACAAGUUAGGACGAAGCAGUCCCAAGUUCUACUUGAGGCGUGGAGGGUCUGGGACCCGUCCACGAACACCGAACAUCGCUAUGGCGGUCGCGUUGUCGCCUCAUAGUUUACUCUUAAAUUGGACCUGGUCAAGCGAGGGUGGCGUGGAGGCGGAAGGUUUCUACGUGUACUUCCGAGCGGUAUCCUCGGCCGGGGCUUAUGAAAAGGUUAAUGUCGACGGCUCUGCACGUAGCGUGUCUAUUUCACAUCUUGCGCCAGACACGGCCUACGAGCUCAAACUGCAAGCUUAUACUACGCAGGCGCCUUCAGGCUUUAGCUCCAGAUUGGUCGCGAAAACUCUGAGAGCUACAACAACCGAAACAACCACUACCACAUCCCCAACUGAGGAUGUCAAAGAGGAGGGUCCAACCACGCUGGUGACGGCUGGUGGGAUAGUUGGGGCGACAGCUCUGUUGCUCAUACUUGCCGUUACUUUGCUUUUGUGUAAGCGGAGCCGGCGGCCAGCUUCAAAAGAGAAAGGUUCGGCUGAGAGCGGUGGCAACGGGUACAUGCCGGCCAAAGUGCCCAUCACCAUUACAGCUAACCCGAUGCACACUGAGGGCGAAGCUGGCGUGGAAAUGUCAUUCCUCCACAAUAACAACUGCGGGAAUAACGGCAACAACGAUGACACCCCAAGGAAAAAUGGACCUUCGAGACAAUACGUAUAAGGUUCAAAUAAGACUGUAUAUGUUACUGGCAGUGUAUCUGACAAUUUAUGAAAUGCCUAGGCAAACUUGGUAAUGCAAAAUCACGGCAAUACAUUUUGUAAAAGUAAAACAAACAAAUUUUGUUGCGAGCCUCCUGGUGAGUGCCCAUGGGCGGCGAUAUCACUUAACAUCAGUUGAGCCUAGUGUCCGUUUGCCUCCUGUUACAUAAAAAAAUAUUAUUAUUAUGCCUAGGUAUUGCAUAGAAUGGCAGAUUAAACACAUUGACGGUAACUACUUAAGACUAUUUUGAUAGAAUUUCGAAAUUAGGUGUUUAAAAUGUGAUAGUGAUGUGCACGGUCUUUGACAGUACAAAAAUAUAUUUAUUAUAGUUAAGGAGUGUAUGUUUAGCGUAAAUAUCUGUGGAGCGCACUUGGACUUAGCCUAUACCUAAUUAAUUAAUAACUAAUUAUAGUCUAAAGUAACUGUUUAAUAUUAAAUAGACUAGAUUCUAAGUUCAAGUAAGUUCUAUAAAGUCGUAAUUUAUGAUUAGUUAAGAAUAGCAAUAUUUUAUAUAAACCAUAAAACUAUUUGUUUUUGUCUUUUGUCUAUGAAAUAUACUAUUUUUAAAAUCGGAGAUUAGAGUCGCCAUGGUUACCAUGGUAACAGAUACGGUGUUUAACUUUAAUCCUCGAUAUAUUAUAAGAUGCGUUCAAUGAUCACAAUUGUGUGAAAUUAAAUGAAAAAUAAAACUCGUGUCUGCAAAUUGUGAUAAUUAAACACAUUUCAAUCUGGUGAUGCUGUAUUUAAAUAUAUUUUCUCUAGUAAUGUCAUUGGUGUACAAUGGUUUAAAAUACAAAUUAAAGCACAAAAAUAUAGACAUUUUGCGUUACUUGAUUGUGAUUGCUUAAGCUACACGAUCUGUCGUUCGAUUUUCAAAAUUCAAAAUUGUAAGACGAAACAAUGGCGCUUUGCUUGAUCGUGAUUGGUCAAGGAACUAUAGCCGUCGUUCGAUUUUCAAAAUUCAAAAUGUUAGACGAAACGAUGACGCUUUGCUUGAUUGAACACGACUCGGCGUUCGAUUUUCAAAAUUUUAAUAAUUAUAAGACGGAGCACGCUUAGCUUGAUUGUGAUUGGUCAAGCAACACGACCCGUUGUUCGAUUUUCAAAAUUCAAAAUGUGAAACGAAACGAUGAUGCUUGAUUGAACACGAAUCGGCGUACGAUUUUCGAAAUUCAAAUUAUAAGACGGAGCAGUGACACUUAGCUUGAUUGAGAUUAGUCAAGGAACACGAUCCGGCGUUCGAUUUUCAAAAUUCCAAAUGUAAGACGAAACGAUGACGCUUUGCUUGAUUGUGAUUGGUCAAGCAAAUCGAUCUGAUGACGUUCCUAUUUCAAAAUUAAAAAUAAACGUACGUUGAAUGUGAUCUCCAACUUGAACCCAACAUGCGACAUGUCGUUCCGUUUCACCAAUCGUUUCAUCUCUUUAUAUAUAUUUAGUUUUAUAUAGAUUUUUCUAGAUCUGACAUUAGUCAUAAGCGACAUUCCUGGUAAAUGCAUAGUAAAUGGUGGAAUGUGAUUUAUUGACGCUCAUUUCAAUAAGCGAUUUCUCGACAUCUGCGGUUUGAUGAAAUUUUUAUUUGAAAACUUAACGUUUAAAAUAUUUUUACAAAAUAACUUUUCAAAUUAUAUGUUGUUAAUAUCAUAUUUUCUACGAUUUAGGGAUUUAUAUAAUUUCUUUGGUGGAUACAAAUAGGCUAGGAAAAUGGAGGAAAAAGUUUUAUAAAUUUAACAGUGAAACUUAGCUGGAGGACUGUAACUGCCAAAACAUUUACCGUACGAAGGAAAUAAACUUCGAAAAUAUAUAGAAAAAUUCGUUGUUACACGGGAUUCGAACCCCACAAGCUUCUGCUUUGUUUCUAGCUUACACAAGUUUCACUACAUUAUUUGCACCUGACGGUCUUCUAAAUCUCGGCUCGAAUUAAGAUCCUAGAAUAUGUGAUAACUUUCGCAACGAAGGCAAGUUAACGAAAUUAAAAAUAGCUUUAAUCGGCGUCGUACUUAAUUAGCAUAAAUGCAUUUAUUGUGUGGACAAAUGGGUUGUGAAUGAAACAUAUUGCAUUGAAUCAAAUACUAUUUGGAACAUAUAUAUGUUUUUUUGUAUGUAAAAAUGCUAACGUGCAUAUAUUGUAUGAAUUUUACUAUAUAUAUAACGUUUAUAACUCCCUUUAGCGUUGCUAUUAUAUUUAUUAAAUAUUCCUUCCUCAAAAUCCGGCAACGCAUCCACUAAAAUGAGUGUCCAUGAGCUGUGGGUGCUGGCUUUUGACCUUAUCUAAAUCAUGGUAAAAAUGUUGUCUACAGAUAUUGAACGUGAAAAAUAAAUAGAAAACAAAUUCUGAAGUUAUAAGCAUUUUUAUUAAAUUUCUAUUUAUUUACACAAUUCGUCCAAAGCUCAAACCACGUAACUCAUUGUAAAACUAGAACAACCCUGUAAUAAGAUUAUUAGCUCGUACGGACGACAUUCGAAUAUAUUUAAAGUCGGGAAGUAAAUUACAAUGGCCGUUUGCAUUUUCUCGUACAAACUGUGAUAAGUUUGAAACUCAAUUUCUAAAUAAAAUAUAAAUUCUACGUAAAUCAAUUCUAUAUUAAUAUUACAUUAAAUCGUAUAGAUAAUUUACGUGAAGUUUCAGCGACGUUCCUAGAUUGAUGUCUAUCAAAGUCCUGUGCAAACUCCAUAUAACGUCUCUCGAUUUAACGACAAACUCCCUAAAGCAUUGAAAUCAAUUGGCUUUGGUUGGUUUAGCUUGUUAUACAAUGAUAUACUCUACAUAGCGUUACACCUAGUCUCAAUAACGACAACAAUUGAGUAAUAAAGUACUUUUUUAGUUGUUAAAAUUAGUAAAAACUGCGCAGCUGUGUUCGUUCUUUUGUCGCUUUAUUAUCCUAGCCCGCAAUAAACUCGACUGUCACCAACAUGCAUAGAAAUCAUGGAUCAUCUAUACGUUAUCACAUUCUUAGUUUGCUAACCAACUUUCAAACUAUAAAUAUGGCUAGUAAAAGAAAAUAAUUCAGAUUUUUCUUCUCUCCAUUUAAUGAGAACUCUGUAUUACGAUAUAAAAUACACAGUAUCUUCAGUGUCGUUAUAUAGAGUUUACACUGUAUGAUGCGUAUAUGAUGCGUCAUUUUGAACGUAUCAAAACUUUAGAAGAAUACAAAAGCAGACGCUUUACACAACUGGUCUACAGAAAGCAUGCAGGUGACCUUGGAGCUUCUGUAAAGCCCUUUAGGGUUUGAUUUUAUCUCGGUGUCAUAUUUUUAGUUGCGCUGACCUUUGCCUAUUUUUAACUGUUAUAAGCGGUCAAGAGAUUGUAUCCGAUUGUGUAGAAUGUAUUAUGGCAACACUUUAAAUUAAGUAACUAAUGAAUUAUAAGAACUGAUAUUCAACUCAUCUUACUCUGUCCACAAUUUGUACAUGGAAAAUAAACAAUUACGAUAA